CCGCAAUUGAAUCUUGUCGCGCAUCACAACGUCGACAAUGGCUUCAAAAUGCCUUGGCGAGCUGAUGCUCCGUCCGUCUUCCAUAGCUUGCAUGCCACAUGCGCAUGUGGGCAAGCAGACAUUGCCAUGGAUACGGCACCGCGGCUUCUCCUACACCCCAACUCGACCGGCACAAUCAACGACGAACGACGGCAAUGACCAAAGCUACACAUCCGGGGGAGAAUCAAAAAAGCCAAUAAUCCGCUACGUCUCUAAGCAAGCGGAUACAGAGGCGCAACCACAGCCACAAGCCCAGUCACAGCCCACCCAAGACGAAACCACACGAACAAUUGACUCUCUCUUCAGUGGCAUGCCCACCAACCGGACUCCACCACCAUAUAUGCAACAAAAUGCCGCGCCAGCAUCGAAGGGAAACCGUAUAUUUGGCGCGGAAUUCUCAAACGCAACCCGCUCCCGGCCUUCUCGCCCACCGGGCCUAGCAUUUGACUCCAUGGCGCUACCCGACUCGAUGCUGAACCCUAACUUGUCCAACAAGCCCUCUGAUGCAUCCAGCCUAGCCGUACAGCAAGAAGAGACGUUCUCCUCCUACCCGCGUCUUAAUCCAACAUACGGACGCACAGUGGAGCUGGAUGCGAGCCGCGGACGAGAUAUUGUGCGGGGAAUCGGCAUGUUGGGCAGUUUAGUGGCGCGCAACAAAGUCAAGGCCGACUUCAAUAGACAGAGGUUCCACGAAAGAGGGGGUCUAAAACGAAAGAGGCUCGCGUCGGAGAGGUGGAGGGCAAGGUUCAAGCAAGGCUUCAGGGACGUCACUGGACGAGUCACUGAGCUGACGAGGAAGGGAUGGUAGAUGUCCGAGCUUAUACGACGCAGGAGCCAGAAGAUGCGCCAUGUAUGACUUAGGUACGAAGUUCACAGACUGUAUUAUAACAGCAUUUGCAUGUGCCUGCAUAGGGGUAUCGAAAUCUCAAAGACAUGUGGUGCGGGUAUCAUCUUACAUCAGAUUCCACGCACACUAUUU